GCCGGUGCUGCUGAGCUCUGCUCUCUCGCAGAUGGAGAUGGAUGACGGGAAAGGCGGCACAGGGCUGCGGCAGUACUACCUGUCCAAGAUCGAGGAGCUACAGCUCAUCGUGAACGAGAAGAGCCAGAACCUGCGGCGCCUGCAAGCGCAGAGAAAUGAGUUGAACGCUAAAGUGCGGCUGCUGCGGGAGGAGCUGCAGCUGCUGCAGGAGCAGGGCUCCUACGUGGGAGAAGUGGUGAGAGCCAUGGACAAGAAGAAAGUGCUCGUCAAGGUGCACCCGGAGGGGAAAUUCGUGGUGGAUGUGGACAAGAACAUUGACAUUAACGAUGUGACCCCAAACUGCCGCGUGGCCCUGCGCAAUGACAGCUACACCCUGCACAAGAUCCUGCCCAACAAAGUGGACCCUCUGGUGUCCCUGAUGAUGGUGGAGAAGGUUCCGGAUUCCACCUACGAGAUGAUCGGGGGCUUGGACAAGCAGAUAAAGGAGAUCAAGGAAGUGAUCGAGCUGCCUGUCAAGCACCCUGAGCUUUUUGAGGCGCUGGGGAUCGCCCAGCCCAAGGGCGUGCUGCUCUACGGACCCCCCGGCACGGGCAAGACCUUGCUGGCCAGGGCUGUGGCUCACCACACCGACUGCACCUUCAUCCGCGUCUCGGGCUCCGAGCUGGUGCAGAAGUUCAUCGGGGAAGGUAAGAGGGUGCGAGGGGAGGCGGCUGCCUCUGACCUUGGGAUGGGGCUCUCAU